UGUGUGUUUGCCAAAUACUCUUUCCUGUCGCAGCCGUGUGUUUGUGUUGUGUGAAAAUUUUUUCGUUGAAAUUUUGGCUAUUUUUUGGUGUUUUUUUUCGUUUUUUGUUUUGUUUUGUUUCAAAAACAUCUAAUCAAUUUGGGAAAAAAUGACUCGUUAUCAAACUGAACCAGAUAAUACAAGUAAAUCAUGUAAAGCACGUGGCAGUAAUCUUCGGGUUCAUUUCAAAAAUACCCGUGAAACAGCACAAGCUAUUAAAAAAAUGCCAUUAAAACGUGCACAACGUUAUUUGAAAAAUGUUAUUCUUCAAAAAGAAAUUGUACCAUUUCGUCGUUUUAAUGGUGGUGUUGGACGUAAAGCACAGAUUAAAGCAUGGACAAUGGCUACACAAGGACGUUGGCCGAAAAAAAGUGCCGAAUUUUUGCUUCAAUUGUUACGCAAUGCUGAAAGUAAUGCCGAUUUUAAAGGAUUAGAUGUCGAACGUUUAGUUAUCGAUCAUAUUAUGGUAAAUCGUGCACCAAAAAUGCGUCGUCGUACAUAUCGUGCACAUGGUCGUAUUAAUCCAUACAUGUCAAGCCCAUGUCAUAUUGAAUUGAUAUUGGCCGAAAAAGAACAAGUGGUAGCCAAAGGACAGGAUGAAGCCGAUCAACCGAAGAAAAAAUUAUCGAAAAAGAAAUUGGCACGACAAAAGCUUAUGAAUCGCGAAUAGAAUGAAUGAAUUUUUUGGCUA